AUGGGGGACGUACUGACCUCGGUGUCCGUGUAUACGGAGGAAUCGCAACCGUCUGGCGCCGAUGCAGCUGAUCUCAACACCGCGCAACCUCAAGUCGCAGAGGCGACAACGUCAAGCUCAGAGCACCCGACGCUUAACGCUCGAGUGGACGACUCGGAAAGCACUUCCGGAUCUACGCUAGUCGAGGAGCCAAGGUCUCAGAAUGCGGCAUCAGAGGCAACCUCCUCGGCGCCACCACGCCAGUCGGCAUUCAACCCCCUCGACUACAUGAUUUCAUCGCAGUCGAACCCGCCGCCUCCGCCGAAAACGGUGGACCCCAUGUGGAUCCUCUGCCGACCUUCCGCGGGCUUGCGCAACUAUCCCAACAACAAGUGA